CGGGAGCCGCGCCGGGACGGCCGCGCCGAGGCACCAUGCGGGCUGCGGGGCUGCUGCCGCUGCUGCUGCUGCUCGGGGUCAGCUCUCAGGAUGAUGCGGAUCCUGCAAACCCAGGACAAACCCUGACCACCAAAAGCACGGAAACCACCACGGUGACCACACCUGCUAGCAAGAGCACUAGCGAGACCCCACUAACCACCACAUCACCGCCUACCACACUCCACACCACCGCCACUACCACGACUCAGCCCAGUGUGGUAGCAGCCACCACUACUCAGAGCACCAUCAGUACAACCAGCCCGGGAACGUCGUCGUCCUCCACCACCACGUCACCUACCACAGUGGCAGGGACCACCUCCACAACACCGGGGACCACAUUGCCUGCCACCACCACCCCAUCCCACACGUCUGGGCAGGACAGCUCCUCACACAGCACCGCUAGCCCCAAAACCACCCCUGCUGCAAGCUCCACUACUUCAAGGCAGCCCAGCAGUGCUACAGACAGUGCGGGGAGCUUGGGGACCACCGCUGCUGCAAAACCUGUGGUCACUAAUGCAACCAGUACCCCAGGAGCUGUAGGAGCUGUUGGCACAUUCUCUCCCACCACAAAGCCUCCGGGAAAGCAGCCUUUGGAUCAUUUGCCUAACACCACUGUGAGCACCACAGUGCUGGGAACUGACCCUUCCCAAAGCUCCAAGGAAUGUGUUGUCCCUCCUCAACAAUGUGCCACCAAGCAGCCUCCUCCUUCUUCCAGUUCUCCAGCCCCUUCCACCAGUCCUGGAAGCAGCAACACUUCUGUUACCCCUCCGAUUGGAUCCCCAUCCCUCACCACCACUCCGAUGUCACAACCUGGCAGCAAAGACACGGUCGCGGCAGCCACCACGACAACUCCUGGGGCAGACCAGAGUACCCACGACGUUGGAUCUGCCAAACCCACCAGCACCUCCCAGAGCCCUGCCAGUGCCCAGCCUCCAGCCUCAGGGGACGAGACAGACCAGGCAGAGAGCUGCAGUUCUGGCCACCAGCAACCCAACAUUUCUUCCCAAAAUGAGCUCAUCUGUAAAGAACAGGUGCAACAUACCAGGCCCACCAUCCAGCUGAAAGAACCCAGAACCUGUGAUGAGUGGGAGGCUGCCGGCGAGAACAUCUCCUUCUUUGAGAGCUUCUGCUCCACGGCCCAGCACGUGUUUGAUGCCAGCAGGGACCGGUGCACGGUGAUGCUGACGGCCUGCAAGAGCCCCUCCCACCACUGGGCCGUGCGGGUGGUCCUGCACCUUCCCUUGGACUCUGAAGAAGUCCUCAUGAAGCUGAAGGAGAAGAAGGAGAGGUUAGAGGAGCUCGGCAUCGUCAACAUCACCUCUGACAAAAUGGUGGAGGACAUGACCAUCAACGACGAGUUCAGCACCCCCCUGAUCAUCACCAUCAUCACCCUGGCCGGGUCCCUGCUGCUCGUCGCGGCCAUCUACGGCUGCCACCAGCGCUUCUCCCAAAAGAAGGACCAGAACAUCCACCCUGAUGUCCCCGGGUUUGAUGAUGGACAUGUGGCCCUGAUCUUUAAUCAGCGCCUGACCGAGGAGAUGCAGACCAUGGAGAACGGCUACCACGACAACCCCACGCUGGAGGUGAUGGAGACCUCCUCUGAAAUGCAGGAGAAGAAGGUGAACCUCAACGGUGAGCUGGGGGACAGCUGGAUCGUUCCUCUGGACACCCUCAUGAAGGAGGACCUGGAGGAAGAGGAGGACACGCAUUUAUAGGAUGCAGAACUUGAUCAAGGGAAAAACAAUGACCCCCCCCCCCAAAAAAAAAAAACCCAUAAACCCUACACACACGCACACAGAGCUCCAAAAUAAGGCAAAAUUCCCCCCAAAAAGAAGAAAAUCCCUUAACGAACUAAUCGUGGCCCCUUGUGCCACCACAUGGGGUGCAGGAUGGAAAACACAUGAGAAGACACCUCUGGGGCACAACAACACAAGCCACUUCGGUGGCCACAUCUGGCCAAGCAUCCUCCAACCCCCAUCCACCUCCCACGCCAGACCUGACCAGCCAUGGGCAAACAGGGUGGCUUUGCUCCUGAAGAGCUGCCAGUGCCUCCUGCAAGCAUGUCCCCUCCCAUCCCACAUCUGACCACGCCAGCCACAUCCUCCAGCUACCGAACGACUCAAAAAUCAAGAGAAAUAAAAUAAACAGGACGGGAGAUGGAGUGCAUCUGACAGCAAAGCAGCACCUGGCAAUUAAAGCUCGACAAAUCCUCUG